AUGGUUGAGUUUGGGUUCGAGACCACUGGCGAUGAGGUGGUCGCGACUUUUAAGGAGCACAUCAGAGGCAAGACAAUCUUGAUUACAGGCCCCAGCUGGGGAAGCGUCGGCUCUGAGACGGUGAUCACACUGGCGAAAGGAUCUCCCGCAAUGUUUGUGCUGCUAGGACGAGACCUUGAUAAGAUCCAACCAGUCAUUGACAAGAUCCAUGAGCUGGAUUCGAGUAUUGAGACGAAAUUCGUUGAGAUACACCUUGACUCUUUGAAAAGUGUCCGAAAAGCCGCGCAACACAUUUUGGAAGACGAAACCAUUCCCGCGAUAGACAUCCUGAUCAAUAAUGCCGGCAUCAUGGCGUGUCCAUAUUCUAAGACAGAGGACGGGAUCGAGCGACAAUUCGCUACAAACCACAUUGGUCACUUUCUCCUGACCAAUUUGCUCGUACCAAAGCUCGUCACCACAGACAAGAGUGCGAGUGCCAGAGUGGUCAACAUCUCAAGUUAUGGAAACGUCCUGUCGGAUGUGUUCGACGAUCCCACCUUCAAUGACGGCAAGGAGUACAAUCCGUUUCUGGCAUACGGGCAAUCCAAAACCGCCAAUAUCCUGAUGGCUGUGGGCUUGAAUGACAGACUGGGGAAGAAGGGUCUGACAGCAUUUGCGGUUGAUCCUGGAAGCGUACCGACCAAUCUCCACCGUUUCCUCACACCUGAGAUACUCAAGGAGAGUAUGGCUGUCGCUUCUCAGACUGGAAUUAUGAUGCCGCAGACAAAAACACCAGAACAAGGAUGUUCGACUUCGAUCAGGGCAGCAAUUGACCCAACGCUCUCAGUGGACAAGGGCAUUUACUUGACAGACACCCAAGUAACGUCCGACCCGAAAUGGGUUGCUCCGUAUGCCUUGGACAAGACGAAUGCAGAUAGAUGCUGGAAGCUCAGUGAAGCCUUGGUCGGUCAAGAGUUUGUAUAUUGA